AUGUCAUGGAAGGCGUCCGAACGGCUGAUGGACACCAUCAGGCACUAUGCCAAGUUUCCCGCUACCGGCGUGAGCUUGCGCCAGAUGGUGCAGUUCGGCGACAAGCCUUCCAUCGGAACUCUGUUCCGCGCCUCGCAGUUCCUCGCCGAGGAGCUCCCCAUCCGCUUGGCCCAUCGCGUCCAGGAGCUCGAGGAUCUACCCGACGGCUUGAACGACAUGCCGUCCGUCCAGAAGGUCAAGGACUGGUACGCCCAGUCGUUUGAGGAAAUCACACAGCUGCCUCGGCCCGAGCUGGAAAGAGGCGUUCGCGACCGUCUGAUGAAGCCCGGCAGGCAUGCCGGUCGCGGAGUGCUGCAGCAGCUCUCCGAGGCGACCCCGAACCCUUCCAUCGGCGAGGGUGAGUCCUCCGGCUGGGGGGGUCUGCAGAGCGUGAGCAACGGGAACGGCAAGACCCGCUCGUUGUCGAGACGAUACUUUGCCACGGUCGACGACAGCGGCGAUUGGCCCCCCGAACUCCAGCUGUACAACCAGGAGUUCGCCCAGACCCUGCACACCAUCAAGCGCCGCCACGACGGCGUCGUGACCACCAUGGCGCAGGGAAUCCUCGAGUACAAGCGCCGCCGCCAGCGCAUGCAGAUCGACGGCAGCAUCCAGUCCUUCCUCGAUCGCUUCUACAUGUCCCGCAUCGGCAUCCGGAUGCUCAUCGGCCAGCACAUCGCCCUGACGGACCAGAGCCACCAUCGCGACCCGGCCUACGUCGGCGUCAUCUGCACCAAGACCAACGUCAAGGACCUGGCCCAGGAGGCCAUCGAGAACGCGCGUUUCGUCUGCGAGGACCACUACGGCCUGUUCGAGGCGCCCCGCAUACAGCUCGUCUGCAACCCGAACCUCGACUUCAUGUACGUCCCGGGCCACCUGUCGCACAUGCUCUUCGAGACGUUGAAGAAUUCCCUGCGCGCCGUCGUCGAGACGCACGGCAUGGACAAGCAAGAGUUCCCCGUCACCAAGGUCAUCGUCGCCGAGGGCAAGGAGGACAUCACCAUCAAGAUUUCCGACGAGGGCGGCGGCAUUCCGCGCAGCGCCAUCCCCCUCGUCUGGACCUACAUGUACACGACGGUCGAUCGUACGCCGAACUUGGACCCCGACUUUGACAAGAGCGACUUCAAAGCCCCCAUGGCCGGAUUCGGUUACGGCUUGCCCAUCUCGCGCCUGUACGCGAGAUACUUUGGCGGCGACCUGAAGCUGAUCAGCAUGGAAGGAGAGGUGACGGAGCGGAGACAGGUGGGCGACGCCGAAGCGGUGGUGAAUGCCCCCCCCAGCCAGGAAUAUUUCCCCAAAGAGGAACGCGAGCUGUGA